CUCAAUUCAAGUUCACGCCUCAAUCGCUCCCGUUCCAACUAUGACGCCACCCGAAUUGACGAUUAGCCCGCCUUUACUGAACUCGGCAACCCCAUGGGCUACCGACAUCAACGACCUCUUGGCAAUCGCUUCAUCCCCUUCAACAGGCGCUAUCACGACCCGUACAUCGCUUAUCAAUGGCUUCAGUCAUCAACAUGAGCAGCACCAAUAUCUGUUCUUCAAUCCCGGAACUUUGUCCCCAGAUCAAGGCACUUCUUCCAACCAAGUUCCGCCGAAGGGCCAUACUGAAGAUGCAAUGGCAAGCUUGAACAACCUGGGUUACAGUCCCACCACGCUCGAUGGAUAUCUGGGCUUCUUAUCAGAGAUUGCUCGUAGCCUUCCAGGACUGCGAAAGACUUUCAUUGUUAGUGUUACAGGCUCACCCGAGGAUAUCAAAGAGAGCUAUGUUCGUAUCGAGGCUGCGUCGAAGGUCCUUCCAUUCCCUCUAGCCAUGGAGGUCAACCUAAGCUGCCCAAACAUCCCUGGCGCUCCACCGCCUGCGUACGGGGGUGCUGCUCUCAAGAAAUAUCUUGAUCUACUCCCGAAGAACCCUUCCUUGCCCGUUGGAAUCAAGACGCCGCCGUACACUCACCAUGGACAGUUCGCAACCUUGAUUGAGACCUUGAUUCCAACUGCAUCGUCUCUCAGCUUCAUCACCGCCACCAACACUCUAGGGUCCUGUCUCAUUCUUGAAAACGACAAGCUAGAACCCCAAUUGCCCGGUACUGGUGUUGGUGGUAUGGCCGGUCCGCCGCUUCACCCGCUUGCACUGGGUAACGUGUCAACGUUGAGAAAGAUGCUUGACCAAGUAUCGGAACUGAGUCAUAUAAAGAUCAUCGGGGUCGGUGGAGUCCGUGACGGAGAUGGUUAUCGAAGGAUGAGGAGCGUUGGGGCUUAUGCCGUGGCGGUGGGGACUGGUUUGGGGAAGCAAGGACCAGGGGUGUUUGAGAGGAUUGAAAAAGAUUUGAAGGGGGAGUGGAGAGUGAGUUCAUUGAAGGAGAAGCUGUGAGUGGCCAACCCGUAAAGGGGUAGUGUCUGGUUCUCAGUAACGUUGAGAGUGGCUUGGGGACUGUUCAUGUGUUCACGAGAUGCGGCUUGUCAUUGUUUUAACUCUAUCAACGCUUGCAUUUAACAUCUAUAAACCAUCUAUGAUUACAUCUAAACAUCUAUCCUCCAUGUGCCCUCUAAGAGGAGUUGGAGUUAUCGGCA